UGCUGCUGUUGCUGAGAACCGCAGAGAUGUGAGACACGCGCCGUAUACGCGAGCAGAAAAGAGACAGGGAGGUCUCCUGACCACAUUAUAAAAAACAGGACACCUCCUCUCUGACCUGAUUCACCGCCCGUUAAGAAGAGGAGGCGAGUAGCAGGUACUAUGUGGCCGCGUUCUGGGUGCGCGCUUGCGGCUCUGAGCGCGCGACGAUGUAAAAGGCAGCGCGUGCGGAUUCUGCGGCAUCUGUGAUUGGGAAUAACUGGGAUAGGAAAACUCAGCGAGGCAUGGAAAACCACGCUGAUCACUGAGCAAAUAAUCAACCAGACAAUCAUUCGCAGACGUAUUCAUUGUGUGCGCCUCCAGGCGCCCCGUUGUUCGAUCGAUUACCACAGUGGAAGAGACACACAGAGCAUUUGAAUGCGAAGGGGUGCGUGCGGUGCAAGUGAUUCCGUAGUUUCUGUCCUGCUCACUUCAAGGCUUCUGGAAAGACCUUACAGUCAGUAAGUGGUGGAGCCUGAGCCACACAUAGCUGUCCCAGACAAGUGCUCUGCAUCUGAAUGCCCUCUAUUCCAGAGAAGUAAGAAAAUGCAGCUGACAGGAACUGAGCUAUAUCUGCUCUGAAUGAAGUCUGUGUGCUGCUGGUUGAGAAUGUUGUCACGAUAACAUCAGCCUGACUCUGACUGCGGCAGGUGGGAGCCCAGGGGUCAGUCUGUGAGUGAGGGCUGAGUCAGGAGUGAAUCAGCGCUGCUUUUGAUUGACGGACAGCUUGGUGGGAAACAAGGCCCCGGGAGAGUGAGAGUCCGAUAACAGGAGUGAAAGCGUCGCUACGGCAAUAUCAUCUUUCAGUCUUCACCGCCACUCGUCUUUCACAACAUGGCCUCUGCGGUAGCACCGUUCUCCUCUGUCGCUGCCUCUUUGGGGACGUAGAAAGACACGGGACACAUGGACACAUUCCUGCGUACUGGUACAGAGGAAAGCUGAGGAAGUGUCUUCAGACUUUGAGGUCCUUACAGAUGAACAAACUGUUUCUUGUUUCCUGGUUUUGGAAUUGUGUGAUUUAAAAUGACUCAUAGUACAAUGAACAUUUUAGAAAGGUGCAGUCUCUGAUUUUAUAUGUUCCUGUGUAACAUUAAAGGCCAAUGCGUGUGGCUCGAGAGCCCAUCAUGGCCAGACCGCUGCUGAAGAUCCACCGCUAUUUCCGGCGUAAACCGGUACGCUUUUUCUCUUUCAUCCUCCUCUACCUCACCGCUGGCAGUCUUGUUUUCCUCCACUCCGGAUUCUCCAGCGAUACUUCCACUACUGGAGCUUCUGGAAGCGGCCGUGACCCACUUAUAUCUGAAGGUGGGGGCGGCACAGGUGGUGGAAGCUCUACCUCUGAUGGUCUCGGGCUCCUAGGAAGGGUGUUUAAAGAGACUCGGAGAGCCCCCCGGAGAUUUGGACCACCGUGGAUGAAGGAAAAUGGGGCACAGGAUGCACCGGAGUGGGCCGGAAGAGGACUCGAUCAUACCAGCAGCUGGAGCCAUGGAGCCAAAGGAAGAACCACCAAAGAGAUGGAUGAUGGGAGAGCAAAGUACAUCGGCUGUUAUGUUGAUGACACGCAAAAACGGGCUCUUAGAGGGGUUUCCUUUUUUGACUACAAAAAAAUGACUGUUUUCCGUUGCCAGGACAACUGCGCUGAGAGAGGUUAUCUCUAUGCGGGUCUGGAGUUUGGAGCAGAGUGCUACUGUGGCCAUAAGAUCCAGGCGCCCAACGUGUCAGAGAGUGAAUGUAAUAUGGAGUGUAAAGGGGAGAAGAGCAACCUCUGUGGAGGACCUAAUCGACUGUCCAUAUAUAGACUGGAGCUGAGCCAGGAGUCGGCCCGCAGAUAUGGAAGUGCUAUCUUUAAGGGAUGUUUCAAGAGGCCAGACAAUGUGACUCUGGCGCUUCCUGCUAGUGCCAUUAUUAAAAACAUGUCAGUGGACAAGUGUGUUGACAUGUGCACAGAGAAGGAAUUCUCUCUGGCAGCCUUGGCUGGUGAAAAAUGUCAUUGUGGAUUUCCUACUCCUCUUUUCACUCUGCACGAGCGUGAGGACGAGGAAAUGUGUCUCCAGCGCUGUGCAGGAGAAGACUUCGAGAGCUGUGGAAACAAUGACUUCUUUGUAGUAUACCAGACCCAGGUGCAAGAUAAUCGUUGUAUGGACCGGCGCUUUUUACCCACUCGUUCCAAGCACCUGAUGGCGCUAGCUAGUUUCCCAGGUGCAGGAAAUACAUGGGCCCGUCACCUUAUUGAGCUGGCUACGGGUUACUACACUGGGAGCUACUACUUUGAUGGCUCACUGUACAACAAAGGUUUCAAAGGGGAGAGAGAUCACUGGCGCAGUGGUAGAACCAUAUGUAUUAAGACCCAUGAGAGUGGCAGGAAGGAGAUCGAGGCCUUUGAUGCCAGCAUCCUCAUGAUCCGGAACCCUUAUAAAGCCCUCAUGGCUGAGUUUAACCGAAAGUAUGGCGGCCAUAUUGGAUUUGCCUCUCAAGCUCAUUGGAGGGGGAAAGAGUGGCCAGAGUUUGUGAAGAACUACGCUCCAUGGUGGGCAUCCCACACACUAGACUGGCUGAAAUAUGGAAAGAAAGUUCAAGUGGUGCACUUUGAGGAUUUAAAACGGGACCUUUUCUCUGAGCUAAAAGGCAUGGUCAUCUUUCUGGGCCUGGAAGUCUCAGAGGACCGCCUGCUGUGUGUAGAAGGUCAGAAAGAUGGGAACUUCAAACGCUCUGGCCUGAGGAAGCUGGAAUAUGACCCUUAUACGCCAGAGAUGCGUGCCACCAUCGACGGGCUUAUUAAGACUGUGGACACGGCACUCAGAAAGAGAAACCUGUCUGGUGUACCUGAAGAGUACAGGCCCAGAUGAUACUUAUCUCUUCACUCAUGGUUUUUUUUUUUUUUGUCAAAACACAUUGUUUUUUUCUCAGCUAUUCCCUAUUUUCCCCUAGAAUAUGAAAUUUGUUCUCAUCCUUCUCCUUGUUCAGUUUUAAGAAUGGGAUGUAUUGCACAAAUGAACUGCUGAAAAACUGUUUGCCCUUUCAUUAAUAAGCUACACUACUUAAUAAGACAUGGGCUUGUGCAACAAUUUGGCUUUAAGGUUAAUCAUCAUGGAUCCAUCUUCCUUAGGCCAAUAUAAGUGUGUGGUAACUACAAUUUUAGUUCACUACGGGAAAUGACUGUUCUCACUUUUUAUGAAAGGACUGCCAUCUGGAACAGCUGUUUAGAUAAACAUAUGGCAUCUGUUUUUCAUUAAAAUUUGGCUUUUUCCUACUGGACUACACUAUCAUCCCUUCACUUCUGUCUCACUUGGAAUAUAUGGACAGCUAUUUCAUUUCCUGUUACCACAGUUAUCUGGAAAUUCCCUUCAGAUGUUUUAAUGCUUCUAAAAACUGAUUAGUGAAAUAGUCAUAUGGACAACAAAAAAUACUCCAGCUGUUCCAAGUGUAUUAGAAAAAUGCAUGGGAAAACAUGUAUGAUACAGUGAUUUGAAGGCAAAUUGCAGGCCUUAUUGAGAUACUGAUUUAAAUGAAAGCAACCAAGUUCUGUUUUGUGUUAAGAACACUUCUGCAUUGCGAGUGUUUCAUCAAGUUAAAUGAUUUAACUUUUUUUCUCACUGAGGUUUUAAGAUGUAUUUGCAGUGGGUGAUCAAAAAAAUUCAUCUUGUGUUCACAGAGUAAAAAAAAUGGGGGCUUCUUGUAAAUUGCUUAAAACGACAUUAACCCUUACUCUUUUCUCAAUCACAAUUAAUUUAAUCCGUUAAAGGGAUAGUGUAGUUUCUCCCAAAAUGAAAAUUCAUUCAGUUAUUUACGUUUUUGACACAGAGAAAUAGAGUUAUGUAUCAGUGCUUGAAAUCACUUGAAGAUGAGUAAAUGAGGACACGCUCUUAAAAGUAAAGGUGCUUCACAAUGCCAUAGAGGAACCUUUUUUGUCUAAAUGGUUCCAUAAAGAAACUUUAACAUCUGACGAGCCUUUCUGUUUCACAAAAGGUUCUUUGUGGCAAAAGAAGGUUCUUUAAAGAGCCUUUGACUGAAUGAUUCUUUGUGGAACCAAAACCACCUUUAUUUUUAAGAGUGCAGAAUGACAUUUUUGGAUGAACGAUCCCUUUAUGCCCCCCCCCCCCCAAAAAAAAAGAAAAACUCCUUUACCAAUUUAUGUCCCAGGUUAGACUAUGAGAGUAGUUGCACUGCAUACUGUGUGAGUUACAUUCAAUAUCUUUUCUUCAAAAUCAAAUAAUUCCUCCCAGAAUAUCAUUAGAUGUCAGGUAUUGGAUGCAAUUAUUAAUUUGUUCCAUGUAGAAAUGUUCAGAAUUGUUAUUUCUGUUUUUAGUGUUUUAAUUGCAGAUUUUUUUUUUUUUUUUUUUUUUUAUUGAAAACAGCAAAUCAGCUUUAUAAUAUAUGAAAUAAUCUUGAAGGGGUGAAAGCAAGUGUGAAGCAAUGUGCAAAAAAUAUAAAAAGAACCCAGCGGGUAAAUUUCUGCUUGCCAGCUAGAGACAAAUAACAUUAACAUAUAUGUAAAUACACAUAUAUAUUUUUGUAAUGCUCACAAGGAGAAUGACUUUAAAAGACAAAGCAUCACCUAUAUUUUUGAAAAGCUUUUAAAUUUGAGCAUUACAUGCUUUUCAUUUCAAAAAGGAACAAAACUGAAGUGUCUUUCUGAAUGUAUUUUGUAUAGAGUGAAUGUAAGGGAUUUCUACCAAAUAAUUAUGGAAAUUAGAGAGUAAUUGCUAGCAAUGCAAAGGUAAAUUAAAUGAUUGCAACAAGAUUUUUAUUAUUAUUGUAAGCUGAGAAAACUGUGGGAAUAUGAAGAAAAGUUUUGCACUUGUUUGGAUGAUGCGUCGGAUGUCCUGAUCAAUAAAUUGUAAAGCCCCAAA